GUGUAUGCUAUCGAACUCUGGACCGCAAAGUAACUUGUGUGCUGUCACAUUCAUCAGAAUUUAUGCGGUCGACUUGAAACCAUCGGAAAGGCGCUGGAAUUCUCUAGUGUUCACGAAAUUAGAAAGCCGGUAGCAGCAAACAAACAUUUUAGCGGAAGGGGUUUUCUCAGCAUAAUUCAGCUCAUCAAAAAAUUAUUUACAUUCGGCAUCUCAAUUUAUGUUCGUUAACCUAACACGGAAUCAUUAUGAGCAUUCUACAAAAUGUUUCAUUUUUGCAAUCACUAGCAAAAUCUCGUUCGCAACCAAUACGCUUCGCGGUCCGCGGAAUAGUUAAAAGUCCAGCCAGAAAUGAUAAUAAGUUUCCCAAAAAUGUUAUUGAACAUCUCAACACAGCACACGAACAACAAACCAAUGGGAUUGUUUACGAUAAGAAACCGUUUCGGAUGGAACUUCAAGAAGGCAAACGUUACUCGUGGUGUCUUUGUGGGCGCUCCAAAGGACAACCGCUGUGCGACGGCACACAUAAGCUAGUGCAAUACAAAAUCACUCAUCGACCAAUACGGUUUCAGGUGGAGACAAGCGGUAUUUACUGGCUAUGCAAUUGCAAGCAAACGAAGCACCGACCUUUCUGUGAUGGAAUGCAUAAGUGCGAAGCGGUACAGAAAACAUCCGGAAAAUAGUUGUACACAUCCGGGUGACAGAGAAAGUAGGUCAAAUAACGAGCCAGUGUAAUAAAUAAAGUAGGAUGUUAGAUAACCUGGUAUGUCUUAUUUGUUC